GAGGCCUCGUGGGAGGGGGAAGUCCCCAGAAAACCCCGAUUAUCAUCAAGGGGACUGGACUCGUGCGUCCGACCGACUGCGGCAUGCCUUGAGCCACCGCUCCCAGCAGAGGACGCCAGGGCGAGGAGGCGUGGCGGUCCGCGAGCCGCCGCUCUAGCCCGACCGGGGUCAUAGAGUCGCGCCGCUUCCGCCCCCGGGCUGGGAAGGAGCCGGAAGUCUGGUGGGCUGCGGACAUCGAGAUGGAGGAGGGCGAGUACGAGUCGGUGCUCUGUGUCAAGCCGGAGGUGCACGUCUAUCGCAUCCCACCAAGGGCUACCAACCGUGGCUACAGGGCUGCGGAGUGGCAGCUGGACCAGCCAUCAUGGAGUGGCCGGCUGCGGAUCACUGCAAAAGGGCAGGUGGCCUACAUCAAGCUGGAGGACAGGACCUCAGGCGAGCUGUUUGCUCAGGCCCCGGUGGACCAGUUUCCUGGCACGGCCGUGGAGAGCGUGACCGAUUCCAGCAGGUACUUCGUCAUCCGCAUCGAAGACGGAAACGGGCGACGGGCGUUUAUUGGGAUUGGCUUUGGGGACCGAGGCGACGCCUUUGACUUCAACGUUGCCUUGCAGGACCAUUUCAAGUGGGUGAAACAGCAGUGUGAAUUUGCAAAGCAAGCCCAGAACCCAGACCAAGGCCCCAAAUUGGACCUAAGCUUCAAGGAGGGCCAGACCAUCAAGCUCAACAUUGCGAACAUGAAGAAGAAGGAAGGAGCAGCCGGGACUCCCCGAGCCCGGCCUGCCAGCACAGGGGGACUGAGCCUGCUCCCCCCUCCCCCAGGGGGGAAAACGUCCACCCUGAUCCCGCCCCCUGGGGAUCAUUUGUCUGUAGGGGGGUCCCUCGUCCAGCCAGAAGCCGCUCCCGGUUCAGGAGGGACCACUGGGUCCUGGCCCCAGCCCAAGCCUGCCACUACUGCCACCGCUGACAUCUGGGGAGACUUCACCAAGUCCACAGGGGCGGCCCCCAGCCAGGCCCAGCCGGGCACGGGCUGGGUGCAGUUCUGACCGGAGCCCAGCUGUCUGUACUUGCAUAUGACUUGAGAAAGGAGCCACCUCGUCUGGGCCGAGGGAAGGAGGACGGAGCACUGCCCGGCAGCCUCUCUCCUCUCCUCCUUGCUCGACUCUCUCCGAAGACUGGGACUUUAGGCAGUCCGAGGCCACUGUGUCACAUGUUCUGGGACUCAAGGUGCAGCCAGGACACAGGAGGAGAGAUGCUCCAAGGCCCUGCCCCUGUCUGCCCUCUUGACUUGAGAGAGACUCUGAGACUACUUCUCCAUCACAAUGGCCCGCAAUAAACACAAGCCCCCAAAAGCAAA